AUGUCUGUAUCGAAUGUAUUAACAACUGAACAGAAUGAAGUUGAACGAGGAUGGAUUCAAGCAUUUUAUAGUACUCUCAACGUUGAUUCAUUCGAUAUCGAGCGUUGGUUCGAGAAAUAUUUUGAAAAUGACGCAUCUGUGACUUAUAAUAACGAUCCACCAUACAAAGGAUACAGUGAUGUAUCUGCACAUAUACUACAACUACGUCAAAAACUAUCGGUAAAAUAUACUGUCAAACAUGUCGAUGCUAUCUCAGAUCGAAUUUACGUUGAAAUUGAUGCAACAGUUAUUCGAAAAAAUGAUCCGGAGAAAAAAGAAAUUCAUCUCUCAGAACUUGCUGUUUUUUACAAGAAGAUCAAUGAAAGCAAAAUAUCAUCGCUCAAGAUUUAUGUGGAUCCAACGCCUCUUCUUGAAAAAAAUAAAACAUAA